AGUAACAUUCUAAACGUUAUAGAGUGUAGUGGUGAUAAACUCUCAGUGAAAUUUUGAUAUCGUAAGUGAUUUUCAGUGGUUGAAACAUGCAUUCUAUGAAUGAUCCUGCUUCGGUACUCUCAGGCAUGAUGUCUUUUGAAUCUAUUAGUUUAUACGAGCAGCCAAGACCGAAGUUCCUUUUUAAAAUGCCGCGAGUGGUUCCAGACCAGAAAGCCAAAUUUGAAUCUGAUGAGCUGUUUAGAAGAUUGAGCAGAGAGAGUGAGGUGCGAUAUACAGGCUAUCGAGAUCGACCACAAGAAGAACGAAUGGUUCGUUUUCAAAACGCCUGCAGGGAAGGUCACACCGAAAUUGCAUUUGCAGCUACCGGUACCAACCUACAAUUAGUUUUUGCACCACCUACCUCGGGAUAUAUGCCGGAGAAGGAAAUCGAUUUUGAUAAAGAACCGGGCAAGGUGCAUAUCAAAUCCAGUUUCAUUAUGAAUGGCGUCUGCGUCAGGUGGCGCGGUUGGAUAGACACUGAGCGCCUGGAUGGCGUCGGCUGUUUGGAGUUUCAUGAAGAGAGAGCUGCACAAGAAGAUGCAAUUCUAAGGGAGCAAAUAGAAAGAUACAAUCAGAGACUCAGAGAAUUCGAAGAUAAACAGAGGGGCUACAGACCAGACCGACCCGAACAGGAUCUUGAGUUACGGAUGUCCAACAACAUUCAUGGUCAUCAUGUACACCAUGGCGUAGCAGCUCGGUGCCAUGGACCACCAAGGAACGAAAGGAGGAUGACAUAAUUUUAAGGAGGAUAAUUUAGCUGACUAUAUGUAUCUUAUUCAAUGAAAAGUCGAUGUAUUCACAAUAAUAUUAUAAUAAAACAAAUAUUUAUCA